UAAGAGAGAGCUACGUUUAAUAAAGAUAUUAGCCUGGCUUGACAGGCUCUAUGCUAACAGUAACGUAAAGUAAUUUCUGUUCUGCUCUGAGUAAUUUGAAUAGAAACAAGACAAAGACAAGUUGAAAGAAGAGGGAAAAAAAAAGGCUCAGUCCAUGCUAGAUGAACAGUACAGCAGUGAGCAAGCCAGGGAGUCUCCAAGCCAUAACAACUGACCUGGAAUACAUGCAAGCAUUCAACCCCUCAUUGGAUGGCUGUUAUGUUGCGGAAACAGUGGGAUCUCACAUUUAUGAAAUAAUGUAAACCUUCUCUCAACUAGAGUGAAAAGACAAACAUGGACCAAAAGGAUUGGAGUCUUUUUGAGAGUGCCUGGAAAGUACAACACAACUCACUCUGACUGGGCAUCUAUGUCACUCAGUGUCAGAAACAGUUUUAAAGGAUACUAUUACUCUGAAGAGCCUCACCACACAACAGCAAGCUGACAGAAACGACUAACCAAACUCUGGCUUAUCUCAAAGAUUCUCUGAACAUGUCUGAAAAUUCAAUGGAAGACAACUUUCUUGACAACAGUGGUAUCUGGUCUGCAUCUCACAGACAGAGUGGGAUUGUAAGCAAGGAAAAAAGAAUAGAGAACGACAAAGAAAUAUUUGAAAGUAAGACUGAUAACCCUGUUCUUGCAACAGUCAUGAAUGGAUCAGAGAACAAGGAAAGCACUUUAGGCAAAGGUAUGACCAAAACAUUGUGCAUUACUGCUUAUUCACCGGAAUUAGAUCAGAAAUGCUCAACAAGGAAAUACAGCAGCUCAAAACAAAAAACAUCAUUUGAUUUGUCUGUCUUUGGUCCUGGGGUUAACAGAGACCUCACUUGUUCAGAAGAUGUCCUGGUCCCGUUGAUAACUAAGGAGGCCACUGAGCCAAAGGACAUUUGGAAAUUUCAUUCAGACUUGAACUUAAAUGAUCUGACUGACCCUUUUAACACCAGCCAGGACGUAACCAGGCUCAAACAUGGAAAGGACAUAUUGACACUUAUGGGAAAGUGCUCAACCGCUGUCCCAUUUGGGAGUUUAGCUAAGCUGGGGGCUAAAAAAGUUGUUACAGCAGAACCUCCUACAGCCAAAGUGGGUGUGUCUAGAGCACUAUUACUGUGUGUGAAAAGAGACUGUGAACCACUUUAUCAAACAGCUUUAUCCUGUCCUUUAGUAGAGAUUAAGACAGCACCUGAAAAGAACCGAACUGAAAAUAGCAGUGGUUCACCACUGCAUGAGAUAUUAGUUAGUGGUAGUGUAGAUUCACAUGUUGGAAAAAGAGAGUCAUCCAUAAUAAGAAAACUCGAGUCAAAUGGCCAGGCUGAUGAGACCAAAGCAGAUGGUGUUGAUGAGAGAGAGACCCUGACACCCUCUUUGCAACGUGAAAAACAGCCUCUCUAUUUCACUGCUGUAGUCACAUCACCGCAGCAGAUUCACCAUACACCUGAAAAAGGGGCCAGGAAGUCUACUGAUGUGUCCUAUUUGUUUGUGCCACAAACUGAAAUCCAGAGUAUGAACUCAGGUCUCUUGGCUUCUGACACGCCAAAAACAACUAAAAUUAAAGGACCACCACCACCUAUUCCAAAAAAGCCAAAGAGCCCAUUUAGUAAGGUUGUUGCUGCAAAGACUUCACAUGCAACAGAUGAGCCCAGACAAUAUUCUGAGCUUCUUCUACAAAAUAUCAAAAUGGGAAGAAGAAAGGCAGCAAUAGAGUCUGUUACUGAAGACGUAGACAAGUUCCCACUCAAUAUGCCAUUCUGUCCAGGCACACCAGAUUCACUAUGCUACAUGUGCAUGUUAAGAUGUUUUAAUCUAAAAGCAGAUGGUCCUGUAGAUUUUUGUGAUGAAAGAGUCACAUCUGGCAUGGCCCUUUGGACAAAAACAGUUGAUGUUGCCACUGGAAAAGAACCAGGAAGACUGGACAUAUCUCAGAUGAGACACAUCUUAGAAAAGAAAGCAAAAAUAAAAGGCCCUCCACCACCCAUCCCAAAAAAGCCUCCAAAUGCAUUUGCUCACAUGGCAGGGAAUGUUCUGUCAACCACAAACUCCAUUUCAGAAGGUACGGCAUGUUAUUUAAAAGAUGACAUGUGUGAUUACAAGCCAUAUAUAGAGAGUACAAUGGCUGCAGAGGAACCUGAACUGUCUUCAGUCACAAGCAGAAAUGAUGUUCCAGCUGCAGAUAGUACUCUAAGCAGUGACUCAUGUACCUUAGAUGGAAAUGGCCUAUCCAGAUAUAGACCUGUCUCUGAACUUGUGAGAGAAACCAACCAGUUACAUCCAAAAAUGAUACGGUGUGGCAGCAAAGCAAAUGAAACAACAUCCAGGACUGCUGCUGCAAGACAAACUGUUAAAGUACUACAAAUGACAAAAACUUUUGAUGUAAAAAAAACAUCUACAACUAAAGUGGAAAGGAAACCAUUAACAAAAAAAGAAUGCUCAUCUCCGUGA